CGUGGGACGCUACGCAGGUCCGCGCCCAGGACGCCCCGCUCUGGCGUCUGGGGGGUCCUGGCCCACCGCCUUCCAGGAGAUCCCAUGGCCUCGGAGGGCCUGGCGAAGGCUCUGACGGCCGUGCUGGGGGGCCAGGGACUACUUGUGCAGAGCUAUGACUCGGAGCCGCUCGGCAACCCGCGGGUGCCCGUGCGGCUGCGGAAGAACGUCUGCUACGUGGUACUGGCCGUGUUCCUCAACGAGCAGGAUGAGGUGCUACUGAUCCAGGAGGCCAAGAGGGAGUGUCGGGGGUCAUGGUACCUCCCUGCGGGGAGAAUGGAGCCCGGGGAGACCAUCAUUGAGGCAAUGCAGCGGGAGGUGAAAGAAGAGGCUGGGCUGCACUGUGAGCCUGUGACGCUGCUGUCGGUGGAGGAGCGGGGUCCCGCCUGGAUCCGCUUUGUGUUCCUUGCUCGCCCCACAGGUGGAACUCUCAAAACUUCCAAGGAGGCCGAUGCAGAGUCCCUGCAAGCUGGCUGGUUCCCACGGGUCUCUCUGCCCACUCCACUGAGAGCCCAUGAUGUUUUGCACGUGAUAGAUCUAGCCGCCCAGUACCUCCAGCAAGCCAGGCACCCUCUUAUUCUGCCUCAAGAGCUUCCCUGCAGUCUAGUGUGCCAGCGGCUUGUGGCCACCUUCACUAGCGUCCAGACAGUGUGGGUGUUGGUGGGCACAGGGGGGAUGCCUCACUUGCCCAUUACUGCCUGUGGCUUUACCUCCGUGGAACAGAGGGGAGGCAUCAAGGUGGCCGUCCUGCGGCUGCUACAGGAGUGUCUGACCCUGCACAAUUUGGCAGUGGAAACCAAGGGGUUGCUUGGACUGCAGCAUCUGGGCAGAGAUCAUAUGGAUGGCAUCUGCAUGAAUGUGCUGGUGGCGGUGGCUUUUCGGAACCCAGGAAUUGAAGAAGAGCCCCCGAAGGUUCGGAGUGAAAACUACUUUUGGUGGAAGGUGAUGGAGGAAGACCUACAAAGCCAGCUCCUACAGAGACUCCAGGAAUCUUCUGUCGUCCCAGUGAGCAGAUAGGGAGGAACCAGCAUUGAUCAGAACCGAGCAGCAGCCGUGCUUGCUCCAUGGCCUUUGCCUCCCUCUCUCUGAGGCAGGCAGGCAGCGCGCAGUCAGGGAUCUUAUUGCACUGGGUGUAGAGGUGACUCUCCUGGCUCUCAGAAGCAGGACACACAUUGCACCAAAGGGGACAGUGCCUUCAACCCAGCAAGGUGUCCAGAGCUCAAGGACCCAGUUACCCUGAGGGCUCAGGGAUGCUUCUCCCUAAGGGGCUUUCUGAGCCACACAUGGUAUCCCCUCAUCAUUUCUGUACCCUCCUUGGUAAAGGCUGCAUGCUGAGAC